CAUAUUACUUGGCAUAAGUGAUUGUGGUAUGUAACGGUAUGGCGUUCUCCAUUCUCUAUUGGUCGAAUUAUACAGCUGGGACAGCAAAGUUGAUGCGUAAAUCAGAAACUGCCGUUCAGUCUGAACAUGUGUUAAAGUUUGUAUAUGACAGAGAUGCGCAGUUUAUUAGAGGAAUUGUUCAAGCCUCCAUGCGAGACCGGAGCUACCAGGUUACAAUAACUCUUGGUUCCAACUACACCGUAGAACAGAGCACAUGUGAAUGUGUAAAUGGGAUGGACAAAUGUCACCAUAAAGCCAGCAUUCUUCUCUAUGGGUACAAAAAUCUAAGCAAAACUGAUGUACGCCAGAGUUGGAUUAAACAUCCAAAGAGUGCACCACCUCGACAAACUAAAACUAUGGAAGACCUUUUUCCUGCACCAGACAGGUUUAUAAAUUACAGGUAAGCACUUAUUAUCAUGACUGUUUCAUGUAUGG